AUGUCGGAUCCCAUCAGUGUCAUCGCCGGCGGUGCCGCUAUUCUUCAGGUCAUUCAAACAAUAGCUCAAGCUUCAGAUCUUUUGUAUAGAUAUGUUGCUUCUGUCCGCAACGCCGACUCUUCCUGUCAGAGUCUGCUUAAUGAGCUCAGCGCAAUCGGUGGCAUCCUCACCACAGUUAUGGCGAUCAAGAAGGAUGAUAAUCUUCCACCCGAUCUCAGCCAUGCACUUUCAAAGUUGAUGGCCAUAGACGGACCAGUUGCAAAAUUAUUGGUGGAACUGGAGAGCAUUCUGCCAAAUGAACAGGCCCUGGAGAACGGGAAAAUGAAGACGAUUCCCAAAUUGAAGUGGCCAUUCAAGGAAGAGAAAGUAGGCGCAAUCAUCGAUAAAUUGAAAAAGUAUUGUGGCGAGAUCACAAAUAUUUUAGCAAUCGACACAUGGAACACACUCAAGGAAGUCAAGCAUGAACUCCAAGAAGUCAAUCGAGGAGUCAAAGACUUGAAAAAUGAUUCUGCCGCAGAAAAGCUGCGCAGAAAAGACGAGGAACGUCGAAAGUUCCUUCAAUGGAUGAACCCAGUGUUUUGUGAUGACAAGCACGCCACCUGCCGUGGUCAGCGAAAUGCCAGCACCGGUCGUUGGAUUUUCGACACCGAUGAGUAUAAGACUUGGAAUACAUCCGGAUCCCGCAGUCAGUUGACACUCGCAACAGCUGGACAUGGCAAGACAAUCCUUGCCUCAGCCGUCAUAGACGAAAUUCGGGGUGGCGAUGAAGCAGAGCUACAGACGCUCGCUUUUUUCUACUGCAAUUUUCGAGACGACAGAACAACAAAUGCGGCUGCAGCGAGCAGCAAGAAGUCGAACACAAACGGGGACCUUGAUUCUCUGCGAAACCUCUUGCAGGAACAUCGCAAUUCAAAGUCACAUCCUACAGAUCUCGGAUUUCUGCGAAAGCUUCUCGUUGAAGUGUCUAUGCUGGUUCGCCGACCAGUCCUCGUGAUUGACGCCUUGGACGAAUGCAAGAAUUACCCCAACCUGGUCGAACAUCUUGUAAACCUUGCUGAAGAUGCUCGACUACGACUUUUCGUCACCGGUAGAAGCGAGCCAGAAAUCCAAGAAGCAUUUCGUGAUCUCCCUACCAUGUCGCUGAAGGACAGCGCAGGACAAAUGAAAGAAGAUAUACACGUGCACAUUACCGAGCAGCUGAGUACUCAGAAGCGUUUGUCACAACUACCCGACGCGUUGAAGAAGACGAUUUUGGAGAAAUUGUUGGAAAAGGCCGAGGGCAUGUUUCGCUGGGUUCAGUGUCAACUGGACGAAAUCAUGGCUUGCAAAAGACGUAUCGAUAUUGAAUCAGCCCUCAACAACCUUCCAGCUGGACUUUACGAGACGUAUGAUAGGAUUAUUCAGGCUAUCAAACAGAGAGGACCAAGCGACGACCAAAUCGCUCGUAGUUGUUUGCUUUGGCUGGCCGGCACGUUCACCCCGUUGACACUUGAUCAGCUCAACGAAGCGAUGAUGAUUGAAGUCGGACAAUCAAAUCUUAAUCCGGACCUUGGUGUUAUGGACCCCAUGGAUAUCGUGACCGCGAAUACUUGGACCAAUCGCCCUAACAACAUCUUCAAAUCAGUCUCGGACAUGCACGCACGCAUCUGCGAGUUCUUGAUUACGUACAUAUUAUGCGACUUUGUGGACGAGAUCUGCGCAAAAGGUAAACAUCCAGCUAUACAACGCCGUUCAUUCUCUGUGUGGCCACAUCGUGUUGAUGUUGCCGAUGUCGGCAAAGGCCAUCCGUUGCUGAGCUACGCAAUUCAAGGAUGCAAGCAUCUUGGACAUGUUUCAGACGAGGAUCCUUGCGUUAUGGAUGCCCUGUCACGGCUGAACUCGGAGUUUCUUCGAAACACCAAGAAACAUCGUGUGCUAGCUCGAGGCGAAUACGACUAUGGGCCUAGGUGGUUGCCUGAGGAUGUGACUUUGCCCUCACUUCUAUUCAUCCCGCUUCAACACGGCAAGCUGUGGAUGGUUGAAUCCCUCGUCAAGCAGGACCCUCAUCUCCUGGACGUGGAUAUUGCCACUGGUUGGGGCCCUCCCCUGAUUUUCGCUAUGGCCAAGAAACCUGAUUGCGUCAGUAUUCUCCUGAAGCCAGGCGUCGAUUUUAAUAAGCCUUCUUCCUUCGAACCUUAUUUAUACGGCUUUCGUGUCCAUGGUGAUGACUGCCGUGCUCCAAUUUCGUGGGCAGCUCUGACUGGAAGUGAAGUCGCCAUGGAUUUCUUGCUGUCACAAACGGAGGUCGACAUACCCAAUGACAUCUUGCACAUGGCUUUUAGGGCGAGCAAGCCGUUGCCCGAAUUUAUCCGCAAAUUCCGCCAACGCGGUGCGGAUGUCAAUUUCACAGUCAACGGUUUUACCCCUAUCCAUUAUCUCCUCUCGAAUCACUCCAAUGAUGACAAAAGUCGAUUGCUACCCGUCGUAAAAGCGCUCGUUGAGCCGUCUUGUAAUUUUUCUUUGCGAAACCGCGCUGCCAAAACAGUACUACACAUUGCUCUCGAUAAACGUCUAGAAGAUAUUGUCGCAUAUCUUCUCGAGCAAAACGCAGAGCUGUCAGCAACGGCGACUCUCCUUCCUCUUCCAGACAUGUGGAGCUGGGCUACAAACAAGACCUGGUUUCCCAAGGUUCAAGCAGCGGCUCUUGCUGCUGAUCAACCGUGCACCAGAAUUAAGGGGAAGGUUGUUGAUGAUACAACGGAAUCGAAACUCGUCGAGUUUUCAGUUGUAGUUACUGCAGACCGCGAUAACCCCAAUCCGAUUUGCGCUGUUGUUGUUUCAGCGAUACUCAAUGGCGAGCUGUCGAGUGAGUAA